UUGGUUGAAUCGUCUCGCCGAAGCGUUUUCAUUUAGUUGUUGACCACUGACUUGCUCUCACGUUUGCUCUUCUCAAAUCGCGGUUUCGGUUCGCGGUUCCACGCAUCCUCACUGAGAAACAGCAGCGCGAUCUCGCCCUGUGGGAAGCGUACACGUCAAGUGACCUCGAAACCGAUCUAGUAACGCCUUGAAUUACAAAUAAGUGGUGGUAGUAACAGUACGUUCGUGGCUCACCUGACGCAAAUUUACGCCCGAUUGCCAAUUGAAGCUAAACAUCUGCAUCGGAUUAUCGUUUGUUUGGUAGUCUAACAAAAGUGAUUCGCUUAUCGUAACAUGUCGUGGUACUAUACGCCCGUUCCGACCGUGGUGCCGGUUGAGAGCUUCAACCCAUCGGAAGAUGCGGCAGCGCUGCGGAAAGCUAUGAAAGGUUUCGGAACCGAUGAGCAGGCGAUCAUCGAUAUUCUUUGCUCACGCAGCAACGCUCAACGGCAGGCAAUACUGAGGGCGUUCAAGAACGAGCUGGGUCGCGAUCUGAUUAAAGAUCUGAAAUCGGAGCUGGGCGGCAAGUUUGAAGAUGUAAUUAUCGGCCUGAUGCUGCCACCGGUGGAGUAUCUGUGCAAGCAGCUGUUCAAAGCGAUGGAUGGUAUCGGUACGGACGAGAAGGCCCUUAUCGAAAUACUUUGCUCGCAAAACAACGAACAGAUGCACGAGAUUGCGCGUGUCUAUGAGGAGAUGUACAAUAGGCCACUGGCUGAGCAUGUGUGCUCAGAAACGUCCGGUAAUUUCCGUCGGUUGCUGACUCUGAUCAUUACCGGGACGCGUGAGGCACCUGGUACGGUAGACCCGGAGAAGGCAGUUGCACAGGCCCAACAGUUGUACGAUGCUGGCGAAGGCCGGUUCGGUACGGAUGAGACCGCGUUUUAUAAGAUCCUGGCUCAUUCUUCCUUCGAUCAACUAGAGUAUGUAUUUGAGGAGUACAAGAAAAAGACGGGCAGAACGAUCGAGCAAGCGUUGAAAGCGGAGCUGAGCGGGGAUUUCUAUGAGGCGCUCAGUGCGAUCGUCGAGUGCGUCCAAAUGGCGCCCCAUUUCUUCGCCAAAAAGCUGUUCUUGGCAAUGGAUGGUAUGGGCACGGACGACAAAACACUGAUCCGCAUCAUUAUCAGUCGGGCGGAGAUUGAUCUGCAGAACAUCAAGGACGAGUUUGAACAAAUGUACAACAAAACGCUGCUGAGUGCGGUGAAGAGUGAAACUUCCGGCGACUACAAAAAGGCUCUCUGUGCCAUCCUUGGCAAUGCAUGAAGGGAAUGCAACAACCGAUAAGGAACAUGUGUUUUAGCUCUAGCUUUAUACAAAUCCAAUCUCCUCAGCAUUCUGCGGUUUGGGAAACGGGAGUCAACCAGCACGUGCCAAUGUUUUAUGUUUCUAUAGACAACAGCGUCCAUUACAUUCUAUAUUGCAUGACUUUUUAAAAUCUCGAAUGUACUGUAUUCGGUAUAUGAACAAACUAUUUUAAAAUAUACAUACUCGAACGAUUCAUUUACAAGCACAUUCA